AUGGAGGACCCAGGUGACGAAACCUUAGAGGAUUUCAUUGAAGGAGAUGUGAUUGAUGACCAAGAGGUACGCGAUGGGUACGGUCAAACCUCGCUGAACCAACCACCACCUCCAAAGCCUUAUAUCAAAUCGUACAUUGCCAUUCUUGUGACAUCUCUUGGUGGUUUGGACUACUCUUCAGAUAAGCAGAAUGCUCCUUACAAACUGGGGAUAGAGGCUUACCUGUGUCUUCAGGAUAUUGAGAAAUGGAUCGUCUCGCACGAUCAAAGGGAAAACUCAUGGGAAGUUGCAGUUGCGUGUGCAGAGACCGGGCUAGUUAACGACUUGGUGACCAUCCUGUGUAUGUGGAAUGACUCUUUGAAUAAGAAAUCAACGAUAUCCGGUUACAGUAAGAAACAUGACGAACGAAUUGCCAGAAAGUGUCUCAAGCUUCUUGUCUUGUUGACUCUACCAUUGGAGCUCUCAGAGGGGAUCUUUAAACAGCAGCUGGAACAUUACUCCGAGCUGAAGAAGUACCAGCUGUACUAUAAGAAGCAGAUCUUAACCUAUAGAAACGGUUUCGUCUUACAAGCAGUCAUAAAGAUUCUUUUGCCUGUUAUUGCGAAGGAUAAGAGGGAAAGAGAGAAGAUAGAUUACUUUAUCAUCAAGCAGUGUAUCGUGUUCUUUAGAAAUCUACUACAGAUUGAACCAGCAGGUAUAUCCAAGGCUAAGGGCAAGAAAUUAAAACAGGCAGAAUUAACCGAGAAUUUGCCGAAAGGUGUUGACAUGGAUGACGUUAGUAUUGGUGCGUGUUUGGGAGCUUUUCACGAUAACCUUGUCUUCACUUUCUUCCUCACUUUCUACUCAUCUAUCGGUGUUGAUAAAGAUUUUGACCCCCAGAUGGUUGCAAAUAUCUCCCAGGAUAUCUUGUACAACAUGGUUAGACAUUUAAGUCCAGGUUAUAUCAUGUAUUCUAAAGACGUUGAGAAAUACUCUAUGGAACAAGCCGAAUCAUCACUAGCACUGGGUGAUUUGUUGUCAAAGGAGAAAGAUAUGGUGAACCAGUUAAAAAAACACACAUCUAGUCGUCAUGGAAGAUUUGGUACGUUGCUAUCAUUACAGACUCCAGACUUGGGGAGACUGACUGUUUCUAACUCAGGCAAUCUGUUGAGCAGAAAUGAUCCAAUUGCAACCUUCGAUCAACACAAGAAAUGGAUAAAGACAGCAAGGUUUAAAUAUACCGAUGAUGAUGAAGGUGUCAUUCAAAGACAUGUGGCAAUUGGUUCGACAAACAGAAAAGCAUUUAACAGUUUUGUUACUGAUUUUAUCGAUGGUGCCUUCAACCCGUUCAUAAAAGCAUGUACAAGGGUGCUUUCAUCUUCUGAUAACAAAGGUUCUGAUACACAGUCGAAAAUUCAAUAUGUUAUGAUCAUUGCGUGGUUUUUGGAAGCCCAAAGAGAGAGAUAUGGCUCCAAUUUGAGUGAAGUUGACUAUACUCUUGUCGGAUCAGCGUUAACGGACGAGACCUUUAUUCUGUUGGGCAGUUACUUCAACGAAGCCGUUGAUGAGAAGAAGUGGGAGCUGGCUCAUGCGUGUAUGAUUCUGCUAACAGAGAUGCUUCAGGUUGCUAAUACACUUUCCGUAUCAUCUCUUGAUGAGAACAGAUACAUCUCGACAAACCUGAGGAAGAGGAUCUUUAAGGAUCACCAUAUCAGUCCUAUACCACCCUGUGUUAAAAAUGCACACAAGAGAUCUCCAGAGUUUGUUGAUACGUGUGUUGCUUUGGUAGAUGCAAUGACCAAAGAAAUGGAUAUCUUUGCAAAGACAAACAUGAAGGAGUUCAUCAAGGAACAGAAGUCGAGAUCGUAUGUCAAAGUUUACACAAAUGAGCAAAUAACCAUCGAUGACCUUGAUAUCAAUGACGAGCAGGCACUCGAGAGUGCAGCCGAUGUACUCUCUAAAGGAAGACGUGAUUUACGUGAUAAGUUCAUUGCAUCUCUUGCACACGAGGGAACUAUUCACUCAUACAUCAGUUUCAUAAAGAGGUUCAACGAUGUUCCGGAAAAGUCGUUGAAGAAAGCUAUCAAGUUUUUGCAUAGAAUCUUUUUCUCAUUGAAACGUUAUAAUCUUUUGUUCCGUCUCGAUUUCAUGUUGGUAUUGCACAACAUGCUGAGUCCAGAGGGUUUACUUCACACGUCAAAUAUCAGAAAACACGUCGAACAGUUCAUGAAUCACUUUAUGAAGAAACUGAGACAAUCAUUGGACGAUGAACCAUGUCUGUACGUUGAGAUGCUAUUCCCAGGUGGUGUAUCAACAUCACCAUUUGAUGAAUUAGAAAUAAGAAAUAUCAGGAGAGAAACUUUAGUUCAUUCCAUUGUUGAAAUUAAAAAUGGUGAUAGUAUGGAUUUGGAGAAGAAGGUUGCCAUUAUGGUGGCGUAUCUCAUUGAUGAUGGAUUUAAAGAGGUGGUCGAUUGGCUGUCACAGGAAUUGGAGAAAGUUGUUACAGUUAGACUUCAAGAAAACUCCAUGGAUGUACCUCCAGAUCAAGAUAUCUCUGAUUUGCCUGAUGAUAAAGAACGUAAGCCAGUUAUCAUAACUAGCAUGUAUCCAAGUAUGAAGAAGAAGCUUGUGACAGAACCGAGAGUGAGAUAUCUGUUGAAACUUGCUGGUGCAUCAUUACCUGCAACAACCUCCCAGAAAUGUACCUUUUCAGGCUCUGAGGACGUUGACCAGCUUAUAAUGGUCAACACGUAUAUCAAAAUUUAUUUGAUAUCGCCAGUCAGCUUGGAAGAAGGCAAGACAGCCAGAGACUAUGUGAUAAAAAGGAACCUCAAAGAUCAGUACAAAGAGAGCAAUGAAAAUCGAGGCUACGACUCUGAUGCAUUUCAAGAUAUCGGUUAUUCUUCGGACGACGAUGAUGUUGCUUUCGGGUUUCACAGUGAUGAUGAAGGAAGAACCAAAGUGGGGUAUAUGGAUGAUGAACUGGACCAAAUAGAGGAUGCAAUUGAAGCGAAUGAGCAUGGAUCUACUGGUAGAGGAAUUGCAAAGAAGAAGUCCAAACACAGGUCUAAGAAGUCCAAAUCACGGAGACGUAGAAGUGCUACAGGGGAUUUGCCAAUGCAUGAACUCAGUGAUGAUGAAGCUGAAAGAAAAUCCAGACAUAAACAUUCGACUAAUGCUGAUUACAAGUCUAUGAAGUACAUUGUGGAUUCUGACGAGGAAGAUGAAGAAGCAAAUGCAGCAUUCUAUGCACGUGAAAGAAGACUACGUGAUCUCUUGGAAAGUUAUGAUGGAAAUUUAACUGCUGAACAGAUGAGAGCGCUGUUCCACUCUGCUGCUACUAACUCAGGUAACAACGAUAACGAAGACAAUGACGGAAUCAUUGAUAUCAUUCCACCACCAAAGAGACAAGGAGAUGAGAUCAUUUCACCUGCUGUGAAGAGAACAAAAACAGCUAUUUCAGAUGACGAAGAGUCUGAGGAGGAACUGUCCGCUUUUAAGGAAUCUAAUGUUCAUAGUGUACCUGUCAGUGACAGUGAACAGUCAUCCGAGGAAGAGUCCCAUAAUGAACAAAGCGAAAAUGAAUCUUCAGACAAUAGUGAUAACGAACAGACCAAAGUCACAAGUGAAGAAGUCGAUGAUGACCUCGGAAAACACACAGAGUUAGCAGUUAUGGAUGAAGACGACGAAGACAAUGUACCUAUUAGGGUCAAGAAGCGUGCAGUCAUUGAAGAUGACGAAGACGACGAGUGA